UCACGGUCACAUGAGCUGGAGACGACGCACCAUAUAAGAGAGCCAUAGCAUCGUACGCUACGCACAUACACUACAGGAGAAUCAGCGUCCAAAACACUCAAGAGAUCGCGAGAUAAGCAGCAGGCGGAACGGACAUGGAGAUGGCGCACAGAGACCACCUCCUCGCCGCCGUGCACGGCGUCCUCGGCGUCGCCGUCCUCAUCCUGUGCCUCGCUGCCGAGCUGUCCGUCCUCGUCUUCCGGCGCCACGCGGCGCUGUACCUCCUCCCCGUCUGCGCGAUGAUGACGCACCUGUGGCGCUCCGGCCGACGUGCGGACAUCGGCCUGGUCGACUUCGCGUACCUGAAGCCGCCCCGCCGGCUGCGCGUCACCAUCCCGGGCCUGCUCGAGCACCUCCGCCUUAUCGGCUGCUUCGACGACGGCAGCGUCGAGUUCAUGUCCAGGGUCGUCGAGGACAGCGGCAUGGGCGACGAGACCUACUUCCCGCCGGCGCUGCACUACCUCCCGCCGUCCGCCACGCACGCCGACGCCGUCCAGGAGGCGGGGAUGCUCUUCUUCCCCACGCUCGACGAGUUGUUCGCUAAGACGGGCGUGCCGCCGUCCGCCGUCGGCGCGCUCGUCGUCAACUGCAGCGGGUUCGGCCCUGCCCCGUCGCUCACCGCCAUCAUCGCCAACCGCUACCGCAUGCCCAGCGACGUCAAGACCUUCAACCUGUCCGGCAUGGGGUGCGCCGCGGGCAUCGUCGGUCUGGACGUCGCGAGGGGCAUCCUGAGAGCGCACGACGGCGCCGUCGACUACGCCGUCGUCGUCAGCGCGGAGAUCGUCACACUCGGGUGGUACCGAGGGAGAGACCGCAGCAAGCUGCUCCUCAACUGCUUCUUCCGCACCGGCUGCGCCGCCGCGCUGCUGUCGAACACCGCAUCGGCGGCAGCGCCGGUCAAGUACCGGCUCGUCGCGCUGAAGCGCACGACCAUCGCGGCCGACGACGGCGGCUACAAUCUGGCCGUGAGGGAGGAGGACGACGAGGGCAUCACGGGGUUCACCAUCGGGCGCGGCCUCGGACGUUUGUUCCGGGACCUCCUCCGCGCCCACCUCCCCGCCUUCGGCGCCUCCAUCCUCCCAUGGCACGAGAAGCUCCGCUACGCCGCAGCGCUCAUGCGAUUCCACCGCCACCGCAGGAGCAUCAAAAACCUCCAAGGCGGAGAAGGCCACGUGGAGGCGCCGAAGCCGAACUUCCUGGCCGCGGCGAGCCACUUCUGCCUACCGUCGUCGGGGAUGCCGAACAUACGGAGGCUAGCGGAGGGGCUGGGGCUGGGGGAGAGGGAGGCGGAGGCGGCGCUGGCGACGUUCCAGCGGUUCGGGAACCAGUCGGCGUCGUCGCUGUGGUACCAGCUCGGGUACCACGAGGCGAGGGGGCGGGUCCGGAGGGGCGACCGCGUGUGGCAGCUCGGCAUGGGGAGCGGGCCCAAGGCGAGCAGCGCCCUGUGGGAGCGCGUCGCCGCACACGGGCGCCCCGCGGCGGCCGACGAGGGGCCGUGGGGCGACUGCGUCCUCCGCUACCCGGCGAAGGCACUGGGCGCCGCGUUGGCUUGAGCUGAACGUACGCAACCAGUGCAUGCGUUGGGUUCCUGGAUGGAUUGGAGGAGAAUGCUUGUUUGCAAGUCCGAGGACGGUGUUGUUUGCACCAUGCGCGCGUACGUUCACUUUGAUUGCUUUGUUUGCUUAGAGUCGUUGAUCGUCGAGUCGUCGUUUGGAGCUGCAAGGUGAUUUGUAGAGCGGAGAAUAAGCUCGGAAUCUUCAACUGGGUUAUCUCACUUUUAUUGUACUUAGAUCUUGUUUCCUGCCUUUCGUUUCGGAAUCCAUGGCGUAUUUUGGCUGUUUUCAA